UCGAGCCGCAGCAGCCGGAGGCCGGGGCCGGGGAGGAGAACCGCCGGCCCGCAGGCUGGGGCAGAGCCCUGCGGCAGCCACCGCAAGAUGGAGCCGGCUCACCGUGGGAACAAGGACCAGGGACCGGCCUCAGCCAUGGGGGCCCCGUCUCUAUCGCCACGGGGCUCCAUUACCGCCACCUCCCCGGGACCAUUUGCUCCUCUCGUGGCCCCGUUCGGGGCAGAGGGCUCAGUUCGGUUCCAGCCGGAGGGCUCCAGUGGGCCCAUCUCAGCAGCGUACACUGGGGGGAACCUCCCCCUGGGGCACAGGGGCUCCAGGCCCGACACCCUCUUUGACCCUUUCCAUCCCGUCUCCCCUCGCUCGCAGCCCGAGGGCUCCCAGCACGUGGGGCCCGAGGAGAGGUCCCCGGGCAGGCACAGCCAGCCCCAGGCGCUGGAGAGCAGCAGAGCCCAGCCCGACGGCUCAGGCGGAGUCCAGCUCUUCACCCUGCUGUCCCCGGUGGAGUUCCGCCCGCUGUCCCCGGGCGCCGGCAGCCCCUCCUCCCACCCCAGCCAGUCGCCCAGCCGAUCCGCGCUCCCCGAGCUCUGCCCCCUGGAUCAAGGGCCCUCCGGGAAGAUGCUCCCUGUGGAGCGGAAAGAGCCACUCCCCAAGGCAGAGUCCAGUGACUACAUCUCCGGGGGGAGAAGUGGCUCGUCCCCCAGACCCGUGAGCCUCCCCAAAGCCAUCUCCAGUGAGUUCCUCUCCGGGGGAAGGAUCGGCCCCUCCAAGUCCAUGACCCUGGCCAAGGCCGAGUCCGAGGACUUCCCCUCGUACGGGAGGAGCAGCCCUUCCCUCGCCCUGCCUGGCUGCAUGGACCCCUCUGAGACUUCCCUGAGCUGGCUGGGCAAGGCCAAGGAGAACGGCGCAUUCCGGAUCACCGUGGUCACGUGGAACGUUGGCACAGCCAUACCCCCGAGCGAUGUGACAUCCCUGCUGCACCUCAACACGGGCGACACAAACGACACCGACAUGAUUGCCAUUGGGCUGCAGGAGGUGAACUCCAUGAUCAACAAGCGCCUGAAGGACGCCCUCUUCACAGACCAGUGGAGUGAGCUCUUCAUGGACGUGCUGAGUCCCUUCAACUUUGUAUUGGUGAGCACAGUGCGGAUGCAGGGUGUGAUCCUGCUGGUGUUUGCCAAGUACUAUCACCUCCCCUUCCUGCAGGACAUCCAGACAGACUGCACCAGGACCGGGCUGGGCGGCUACUGGGGCAACAAGGGCGGGGUCAGCGUGCGGCUCUCCGUCUUCGGCCACAUGGUCUGUUUCCUGAACUGCCACCUGCCGGCUCACCUGGAGAAGGCCGAGCAGCGCAAGGAGGAUUUCACCACUAUCCUCAACAUGCAGCAGUUUGAGGGGCGCGCAGCCAGCGGCAUCCUGGACCACGACAUCGUCUUCUGGUUUGGGGACCUCAACUUCCGCAUCGAGAGCCUGGACAUCCGCUUCGUGAAGUACGCCAUCGACAACCGUAUCUUGAGCCAGCUGUGGGAGAAGGACCAGCUUUUUUGCUUGCUGAAAUAUGGUAACCCUAGCACUGGGCACUCUCUGGGGGGCUGGGGCCUGGUCCCGUCUAGCUCUCCACUGGGACUUCUCUCCCUGCAGGUGGGUUUCAGGCACUACAAGGACUACGUGGCGUAUGUGUGGGCCAAACAUGAGGACCCAGAGGGCAGCAUGUACCAGGUGAUGUUUUCGGAGGAGGCGCUACCUAAAGGGAAGGGCGAAUACAUUCUCGGUUACUACGGCAACAACUACAGCAGCAUCACUGGGGUGACAGAACCCUUCCAGAUCUCGCUGCCCACGUCGGAAGAGGGCAGCAGCCAAACGGACAGCUCGAACGCCAGCUCUGAGGAGGAGGACAACAGCACCCUGGUCCUGCUGGCGCCCAAGUCCCGCAGCCCCAGCCCUGGCAAGAUGAAGAGCCACCGGAGCCGCAGCCCCAGUCUCCCCAAGUUCCAGGGGCUGAUCCUGAGGCCGACGAGCCGCGAACGGGGGCCCAGCCGCAGCCCGUCCCCGCAGAGCCGACGCCCCGUGAAGGGCGAGAUCCCCAGCAUCCAGCUGCCAAAGGAGGAGCCGCCCUGGCCCAAUGCCAAGACCCAGGAACCAGCGCGAGCUGCCGAGAGCCGGGAGAGCAGCCGUGCCCCCGGCUACAGGACUGCGGGGGAGCACUGCGGCACCUGGUGCCUCUCUGACGACAACCCCCUGGCCAGGGCCAACCCCCGGAACCUCGGCCUGCUGCCCGCGCUCCGCCUGGAGACUGUCGACCAGGCCAUGGGCCCAAGGCGGGCGAGUGCAGACCAGGGCUACCCUGCCAGGAGGAUGAGUCCCACCAGCCCCACGGCCGGGGCUGCCAACCUGUUCAGCACCUCCCCCAAAGAGGGGAGCGGUUCCAGGGACAGCCAGGAGCCCCCGCCAGCUGCGGGCACCACUGGAGCCACUCAGUGCCGAGCAGCUGGCAUCACGCCGUGACUGCUGGGCCUGGCCUCUGUGCGCCCAUGUGCAACGAUCCCCGUUUUGAGCUUGCCGUGUGCUUCCUCGUGUGCUGCCUCUCCUGCCCGCACUGUGAUCCGUCCCUGCUGGUGUGAUGUAGGCAACAGCCGUUAGCGAGCCACACGCCCUGCUCAGGGCUGCCCGGGCAUCGGCCAUCGCACGGUCGCUCCGCUCCCCACGGCUGCUCACCCCAGCCAUCCGCCCGCCGGGCCCGGUAGUGUGAGUGCAGUGACGCCCUGGCAGGGCCGCAGUGCCCCUUCCUCCGUGUUAGCUGUUCCAGCCGUGAAACCUUCCACCCCAGGCUGUGUGCCUGGGUCCCAGCUCCGAUUCCAUCAGCUCGGAGACGGAGCCUUGGGCAGCGCUCCCCGGGCAGCCUGGAGCACGGACUCCGUAGGGCAUGAGCAGGGCCAGGGAGUCGGGACACUGGGUAUGGCAGGGCCCCCGGCAGCAGUCAGUGGCGAUGCCAGGGACUGUGGGCAGGGCUGGCAGCCUGAGGCUACCAGGAUGUGACGGGGGGAGCUGGCUGUGAGUGGCUGGCAGACCAAGCUGCAGCCCGAGUCCUCCUCUGUGCGGGGUGAGCCCAGACGGAGUAGAGCUUUCCUUUGCCGCACUGCUGGGCCGAGCCCGCUGCCCUCACCCACGCGGAGCAGGCUGGGGAAGAGGCAAGGCAGUGGGGCUGGCCCCAUGGCCCGGACGACAACGUGGAUGGGGGGGAGGGGUGCUGAGGAGCCUUCUGGGGGCCCAGCUGGAGUCUCCAAGGGGGUGGGUGCCAGGCACCCAGCGGGGCAGGAGGGCUGAGCGCUGGCCCUGGCUCUGCGGCUGCGUGGGGAGCAUGUCAGGUCACUCAGGACAGUAGCACUGACCCACAGGGCUGGGGCAGGAGCUGGGCCUGGUGCAGAAAUGGGGGCACAGGGACAGUGUCAGGGGAGAUGAGAGCAGAGGGGGACAGGACAGAGCCAAGCAGCACAAGUGGGGGGGGGUCACUGACCCACAGCCUGGCCUGGUCCUGUAGCACAAGUGCCCAUGUGGGAGGGAACAACCCAAAGCUGCCAGGGAGUGUGUGGACCUGGCUGCCCUGGGGCCCACGGCAAGUCCUACCACAUUGCAGCUGAUGGAAUAAACGACC